AUGUUUCAUGCAGAAUCAAUGUUGAAAGAUAAAGAAAACAUUUUCAAAUGGCUCAAAGCAUUUAUUGACGAACGAAGUGGUGAUGUUCCGGAAAAAGAAGAUGAUAUCAAAGACUUUAUAGACGCCUUCCUGUUCGAGGCUAAGGCACAGGAAGAAGACACUACUUAUACAGAGCACCAACUGCUGCACGUGCUGUUUGAAUUCUUUGUUGCCGGUGUUGAGACUUCCGGUGCAACCAUAAGAUGGGCUGUCUUAUUCAUGCUCCACCACAAAGACGUGCAGGAGAAAAUGGCAAAUGAGAUUAUGUCGCAUGUGGGAACCGACAGGCCACCGACAAUGGCAGACCAUUCACAUCUCGACUACUGCCGCGCUUUCAUUUCGGAGGUUCAACGAUGUGGCAAUGUUGCUCCCCUUUCCGGACCACAUGCGGCCAGCACAGACUUUUACGUAAAUGGUUACCUUAUUCCCAAGGGCGCAACUCUGCUUAUGAACCUGACGUCCGCCUUAAAGGAUCCCAAGUAUUUCGAUGACCCAGAAGAGUUUAGACCUGAGCGAUUUUUAGACAGAAACGGGUCAUACGUCGUCCAAAACAGCCUGAUACCUUUUUCAAUAGGACGCCGUAUUUGUCUUGGAAAGGAUUUGGCAAAGAUCGAACUUUUCCUCUUUAUUACCAGCAUGGUACAGAAUUUCGAGUUUAUACCGGAGGAUCCCGAAUCCUUACCAAAGAUCGUGGGCUGUGAUGGUAUUUCGCAUGGUCCGGUUGACUUCAAAUUCAUCGCAAAAAGAAGAAAUAUUAGAGCAUACUCUUAA